AUGUCUACAAGUAUAUCACUCUACCAAGCCAAACUCCUGAUCGCCCUCGCUUUGGUGGCAGCCGUCAGCGCUGAUGUUUCCCAUCUGUUCUCGCACAGCGAUAACCUGCAGGAUGAUGGAUAUCAUUAUCAGCAGCCUGCCAAGCAGUUCGAAGUGCAGCAAUACCAUGAGUCUGCACCAGCUCCAGUCUACCACGCACCCGCUCCCGUAGUUCAUCAUGCACCCGCUCCAGUUUACCACGCACCUGCUCCAGUGGUCCAUCAUGCACCCGCUCCAGUUUACCAUGCACCUGCUCCAGUGGUUCAUCAUGCACCAGCUCCAGUCUACCACGCACCCGCUCCUGUUGCCCAUGUGGCUGCUGGAACUCUGAAGGAGGAUGGCUACCAUUAUCAGCAGCCUGCCAAGCAGUUUGUCAUCGAUGUGCCCCAAUACCAUGCGUCUGCACCCGCUCCAGUUCACCACGCACCCGCUCCAGUGGUCCAUCAUGCACCCGCUCCAGUGGUCCAUCAUGCACCCGCUCCAGUUUACCAUGCACCCGCUCCAGUAGUCCAUCAUGCACCAGCUCCAGUGGUCCAUCAUGCACCCGCUCCAGUGGUUCACCACGCACCAGCUCCAGUGGUCCAUCAUGCGCCCGCUCCAGUCUACCACGCACCAGCUCCAGUCUACCACGCACCCGCUCCAGUCUACCACGCACCCGCUCCUGUUGUCCAUGAGGCUGCUGGAACUCUGAAGGAAGAUGGCUACCAUUACGGCAAGCCCUCCGUCAAAUUCGAACCUAAACAGGAAUACCUGCCCCCAGUUGUCCACAAGCCCGCUCCAGUGUACCAGCCAGCUCCUGUUGUCCACAAGCCUGCUCCAGUCUACCACCCAGCUCCUGUAGUCCACAAGCCUGCUCCAGUUGUCGUUAAGGAGUACUUGCCCCCAGUUGUUCACAAGCCAGCUCCCGUUGUCCACAAGCCCGCUCCAGUCUACCAGCCAGCUCCCGUUGUCCACAAACCUGCUCCAGUCUACCACCCAGCUCCUGUUGUCCACAAGCCUGCUCCAGUUGUUGUUAAGGAGUACUUGCCCCCAGUUGUUCACAAGCCAGCUCCCGUUGUCCACAAGCCUGCUCCAGUCUACCAGCCAGCUCCAGUUGUCCACAAGCCAGCGCCUGUCUACCACCCAGCUCCUGUUGUCCACAAGCCUGCUCCAGUUGUUGUUAAGGAGUACUUGCCCCCAGUUGUCCACAAGCCUGCUCCAGUCUACCAGCCAGCUCCAGUUGUCCACAAGCCAGCUCCAGUCUACCAGCCAGCUCCAGUUGUCCACAAGCCAGCGCCUGUCUACCAACCAGCUCCUGUUGUCCACAAGCCCGCUCCCGUCUACCGUCAGCCAGAGCCUGUCCAUCAUGGCCACCAGGACUACAGCUACCCCAACGACCCUCAGCCUUCUUUCGAUUUUUAA